AUGAAAUCUUCGUUCCACCAAUUCACGGUGCACCGCGAUACAAUCCCUUUGAACGCAUUCGUGACGUCUUCCGGACUUUUCGAGUGGUUGAAGAUGCCUCAAGGCAGUUCGGCUGCCCUUAGGUGGUUUUGCAACGUUGUCAACGAAGUCAUCAAAAAUUUCCGCGGUGUUGCAUCGUACUUGGAUGAUUUGAUCGUCUUUGAUGACACCCCUGCUACUCAUGUUGGUACCAUGCACGCCCUCUUUGAACGCUUGCGUACGCACAACUUGAAACUCACGCCUCCGAAAGCUACUAUUGGCGCUUCUAAGGCAGACUUCCUCGGACACACCAUCUCCCCUGACGGCGUUAGGCUGAACGGUGCCAAGGUUUCGGCCCUCACCAAACUGCCUAUGCCCAAGGAUGUCAAGCAACUCUGUUCCCUUCUCGGUGGUCUCAGCUACUACCGUAAGUUCCUCCCCAACAUGGCUUAACGCAUUCGACCUCUGACUACUCUACUCGAGAAGCAGGAGAAGUUUAUGUUCACCCCUUCCAUGGAGCAAGCCGUUCGCGUUUUAUUAACUGAGUUGGCCAAUCCUCCUGUUUUGGUUUAUCCAGAUUGGGAUGCCGUUUCAGACGGCUCGCGACCUUUUCAUCUUUUCUGUGAUGCUAGUCGCGAUGGGUUUGGUGGGACUCUCGAACAAGAACAGCCAGAUGGUUCAAUUCGCC